AUGUAUCACUACGCUUCACCACCACCUGGGUGGUCCUCGUUCGAUUACAUGAACUCGCCUCCCACCUCUCCGCACUACGCCUACUACGCGACACAAUUUGCGAACCCCUACGUUUCUCCUCGAGGCACGUCGAAGCGCCACAAUCGCAAGGCCAGCUACGCCGCCCCCAAGGAAUCAGGAGCAUGGCAUUCCGGCUAUGGCCAGAGCUUCUACGAAGCGAUGCCGGAAUAUGGCACGCCGCCACGCAAGCACGAGAAUGUAAGUGCUUUCUCUGGUGGCUAUCCAUCCUGUCGUCGUCCCCGGGCCAGGUCUAGCGCGACCGGCCUCUGGGACAAGACCGGUUAUCAUUUCUAUGAGACACCGUAUCCGUCGGCACAGCGUCGCUCCUCCAUCUUUGUGGAUGUGGUCGAUGAUGUGUUCGAUGACCGACCGCCGGUUACGCCCAAGCGGGACAGCUACACCCAGCCGCGUCGCCAGCCGUCGUCGUCUCAACGCAAGGGAAGGCCACCCACUGAUCCUUAUUUCUCCUCUCCUCAGGUCCCCGCGUACGACGACCAGGAUUCCCCCAAGCGAUCGCGGGCGCGCCGCCAGUCAACCUCCACGCGCACCCCAUCCAAACCCAAGCCGUCCGCCACCCCCAAGGCACCGCCCAAGGCGACCGAGGAGGACGCCGCCCGUGCCGGAAUUCCGCCGGGCUAUUCGAUCAAGAACUGGGAUCCGACCGAAGCGCCUAUCAUUCUGUUGGGAAGUGUUUUCGAUGCGAACUCGCUGGGCAAGUGGAUCUAUGACUGGACCGUUUUCCACCACGGUGCCUCGACCCCGAUGGCCGACGUGGCGGGUGACUUGUGGUUGCUUCUGAUCAAGCUGGCGGGUAAGGUGAAGCGGGCGGACGAGUGCCUGGAGCGAAUCAAACGACCCGAGGCGCAGGAGAUUGUGGAGGAUUUCUUGGAGAGUGGCGAACGCCUGUGGGCGCGGUUCAAGAAGCUGCUGCGCACAUGUGAGCAGUUCAUGUGGAAGGCAGCCAAGCGGGAGAGUGGUGGCAAGGGGCCCGUCUCGAUGGGGCGCAAUGCCGGCUGUGAAUUCGUCGAGUCGAUUUUCGGUCGCGACCGCGAGUUGGAAAACACAGAGAAGUUGAUGAACAGCAUCCGGGUGUGGAACAUGCGGUUUGAUGCAAACUGCGAAGAGAUCCUCCGAAGACCGUCGUCUGCUUAG